UCCUCGGGGUCCUUUCAUCAUCGUUUCAUCAAUCAAGCAUUGCAGCUCAGCGAGUGCGCGCGCCGUGCCCUGUCUGGUGAGCGGAGACUCAGACACGUCGUAGCGCGCCUGCCCAGACAGCGGCCUGAAUGCCUGAGAUGAGCGCGGGACGGCGGUGGUACGCGCGAGAGCUUGGCAGGGCCACGUAGCGGGGCUGAGUGCACCGGUGCGCAGGUAUCUCUGCAUCCCGUAACACACUUAAAACAAGUAAUCUGGCACACUUUGCACAAAAACACCACUGGCAUUGGCUUUUGUAAAUGCAGAUCCGCGAUCAUAGACGGGGGGGCGAGCGACAGAAGUGCGGGUGCAACCUUGAAUCUGUGCAACUCUGAUUGCAUGAACGCAAGAGGGAGGUCGCUCUCGACGGAGGUAAUGCAUGCUAAAUGGCCCUAAAGAAAGAGACAGAAGUCCUUGCAGCAGUCCCAUAUCUGGCGUUCUGCUCAUCGUUACCUGCUCUGCUGUUUGAAGACGCUGGCACCCUGAAGAGCCUUCAGAGAAACUGAAUCUGAUAUCUGCCUACACCUCGCAUAAUAACCGGAGAGGAAUUUAGCUUCAAAUGUUCAUCAUCAAGGACACUGAGCCCUUUGAUUUUGCAGUCUGAUUUUUAAUUCUAUGAAACAAAGCAUAGAACAGAUUGUAUGUCUUUCUCAUUGUAUUUACUACCCUGGACAGCAUGGAUGCUCUUUUUGAAUCAGGUUGACUGUUUUUCACCUUAUCCCCUCCUUCCUGUCUCCUCAGUAGAAGGAGGGUGGGGGAUUGGUGGGGCGUCCCCUGCCUCUCCUUGUAGAGUAGGCUAGUCUAACGAGGCACCAUAGCAGUGACUCUCUUCCAUUUUCCUAGCGCUCCCACCAACUCCAUCCCUCCAUCCCCUGUCCCUCUUCAUGAAAUCCUGCCAGAGCCUCAAGGAAGAGGUUUCCGUCCCUGGCCUUGGCGGGAUGUCACAGGAGGAAGGACGCAGGGCACCAGUGUCCCAGUCCUAUUUUCAUUCCCCUAACCCAGAUCUCGACCUGACAGGCAAGCUUUAUAAGCGGGAAGUUGGUGGCAAACCUUAUUCUGUGUUAGUGGACAGUAAAAUGGCAACCAAGACAUCCAUGGGAGAUCAGAACAUCAGUCCCACCCAACAUGUGACACCACAGCAACAUCAGCAGUAUUUCAGAGAGGGGGGAUCAGGGCAGGAGGUGGGAACGCAGGGGUCCCAGGCUGGCAACGACGGCACCUCUGACGAAACUGAAGAUGAUGACGAAGAUGAGGAUGGUGAGGAUGAGGAUGGUGAAGAGGAGGGCUUCAAGCGUGAACAGAUUAUUGUCGAGGUUAACCUGAACAACCAGACACUUCAUGUAUCCAAGGGCGACAACAAAACUGGAACUUCAGUAGAUGACUCUGAGCGAGCCGGCAGCGACGAAGACGACGAGGAGGAGGAGGAGGAGGAGGAGGAAGAGGAGGACAGCCCCGAUGAUGAAGAGGAAGAAGAUGAUGAGGAGGAUGAGAUUGAGAGUCGAAGAACAAGAUCAAAGAGGGCUCGUCGGGGUGUUAGUAGUGCAGUGGCCCCCAGCCAGCCACGGAGGAAAAGUCUCAGAACAGCUCUGAGCACUGCCACUGCUGGAAUGACCACUAGGGGGCGACAGAAGUGCACGGAGCCUCCAAAGAACAAGCGCAGAUCAGCCAGGACAGCACCAUCAUCUGCCACUUCCACAACCACAGUGACGGGAGGGAAGGCAGAGCUGGAAGAGAAGGAGAUGCUGGCCUGUGAAAAGUGCCCUCGAGUGUUCAACACACGUUGGUACCUGGAGAAGCACAUGAAUGUCACACACAGGCGAAUGCAGAUUUGUGACAAGUGUGGCAAAAAGUUUGUACUGGAGAGUGAACUGGCCUUACACCAGCAGACUGACUGUGAGAAGAACAUCCAGUGUGUCUCCUGCAACAAGUCUUUUAAGAAACUUUGGUCACUGCAUGAACACAUUAAGAUUGUGCACGGAUAUGCAGAAAAGAAGUUCUCGUGUGAAAUCUGUGAGAAGAAGUUCUACACUAUGGCUCAUGUCCGUAAGCACAUGGUUGCUCACACUAAGGACAUGCCAUUCACCUGUGAGACAUGUGGGAAGUCGUUUAAACGUAGCAUGUCUUUAAAAGUUCACUCACUCCAGCAUUCUGGAGAGAAGCCCUUCCGCUGUGAGAACUGUGACGAGCGUUUCCAAUACAAGUACCAACUGCGCUCCCACAUGAGUAUUCACAUCGGACACAAGCAGUUCAUGUGCCAAUGGUGUGGCAAAGACUUUAACAUGAAGCAGUAUUUUGAUGAGCACAUGAAAACACACACAGGAGAGAAGCCUUUCAUUUGUGAGAUCUGUGGAAAGAGCUUCACCAGCCGGCCCAACAUGAAGCGCCACCGUCGCACCCACACAGGGGAGAAGCCCUAUCCCUGCGAGGUCUGUGGUCAGCGCUUCCGCUUCUCCAACAUGCUCAAAGCACAUAAAGAGAAAUGUUUCCGGGUCACCAGCCCUGUGGUUCUGCAGACCAGCAGUCCACCUGUGCCUGUCCGCAUCUUUGCCAACACCUUCUCCUCCUCUUCCUCUAACUCUGGCCCUGGCCCAUCAGCCGCCACCCCAGCCACCACCUCAGCUUCCCUGGGCCUCACGCCAACAGGAGGGUCUAUAGCUUCACGAGGCCCUGUAGGACACGCAUUCUCCCAUGUGCAGCUCCAUUCAGCCCCCUCUCACCAUCACUCCCACCCCCCGACAACCCAGCAGCAUCUCUCAAACACACCCCAACAUACCUCACCUCACACACACCAUCACCUGGCUGUGCCCCCAGUUUCUCACCUGCCCCCUCCCCCUGCCCUUUUCAAGAGUGAGCCCCUAAACCACUGUGGGCAUGAAGACAGCAGCUACCUGCACCACAUGCCCCCACCUGACAAGGGUCCAGGAGCCCCACAGCACCACUGAACUGUGCUUCAGCUCUGCACACCCACACCAAACCGCGCCUUGUUCCUCCUCCUGUCAUAGUCCUGCCUCAGUCUCUCAGUUACAAGGGCGUUCCUCUCAGAUUUAAAUAAGUCGGAUUAAACAUACACACCAGUGUAUGUAUGAAAGAUUCACCCUCAGUACAUGUAUCAUUUAAAAAACCUGGUGAACUGACAGAGCUUUUACAACCUCCUACGUCUUUCCUUCCUGAACUCUUUCUUAGGAAACCGAUGUAAAAGAUUUCCGUGCAACCUGUACGUCGAUGGGUGUAAAGUAUCUCCUUUUCAUCAAAAGCUGCUGAUGAAAUUCAUGUAUGUAUUACCUGGGCUUCACAGACCAUUAAAUAUCAGUGUCACUGGAUGUUGCUCUUCAAGGCAAGUAGACUUUUACAGUAUGGUUGCACAUUGGUCCGGACCUUUGCUUUCAGGUCCUCCCCAUAGCAAUACUCAGCCUCUCCUUCGAGUUGCACUGCAGAGCACCAGGGCCAACGGAAAACUGUAAAUGAAUGUUGUAACUGGUUCUACCUGAGAUGUGCUCUGCCUUAAGGCUGAGGCUUUUUGUCAGAGGAGCAACAGCAGUAGUGCAAGAUGCAGUGCCAUAGGUGACAGAAAGAAGGGGAGCAGGAAUUUUUCUAAAGGACAUUGGGAAAAGGUUUUGUAAAUGAUUAGCGGAAUCUUGACAUAGUCUGAGAUUCCUAUCAUGUUUAAAUGGUGCUUUCCAUUCCAAUACAUGAAAUAUUUCUUAAUUUUGCUCUUUCCUUUAAUUUUCAGAAGUGUAAUAUUACAGAAAAUGUAUUGUGUCAUACAGAACAUGUUGUGUCAGCCUGGCUUUUCUACAGUGGAUUUCAGGUUUGACUAGAUAUUUUGUGAUUGAGAAACUCAAGUUAUGCAUGACAUGUUCUUGGCACAUGCACCCUCACACUUAAGCACACGCAAAGAACAUACAUGGUCACUACCUGUUGUGAUCAGUGCAACCUCAGCUUUCAGUACUGUUGGUUUGACAGAUGCUUUUCGAUUAACAGAUGACUGUCAAAUACUGCCACUGUGAGAGGCCAGACACAUGGCCCCCAUCGGGAUUUACCCCACCUCCCCUUCGCUGCUGUCCAAAUGAUACGGGUUGCCAUGUUAGAAGUCAUUCAACACACACAGUAUACACACCCGGGACUGUUUUCAUCACAGUUCUUAACAGUUAAGCAUAUUCCUCUUAGCUCUUAGGCUCUAUUCCACAAUUUGGUUUGGGACAUUGUUGUAAUGUAAAAGUUUUUUUUUUUUUUUUUUUUUUUUUUUUUUUUUUUUUUACUUUCAGCAUACUGACACCCACACAGGCAAACGUGUGUCUAAACCUGUUGAAUGUUGCCUACACAGAAUGACUGAGGUCAUUCAUGUUAUUUUUUUAUGUUCUCUGAUAGUUUGCUCAGUUUUAAGCUAAUGAAUGGUUCUGUAAUGUAGAUAUACUGUUGUUAGCACAUGAUAGGAAAUGCCAGGAUAAAAGGCAGUGGUCAUCCAACUUCUAAUACUUGGACUAGUUGCAUAGAUAAGCAUCCAUGUAAUCAAGUCAGCGCAAGACAUUAUAUCAUAGCCGUGUGAAUGUUACUUGUUUAGGAGGAGCAGAAAUGGUUGCUAAGUAUUUUGCAUGAACUUGCGUAGCUUAGUUUAGCCAGCCUGAUGGCGUGUUCAGGUGGAACUCUGAGCUUUGAGUGUGUGUGUGAGUGCGUAUGUGUGCAUGCAUUAGUUUGAUCUGUUUGAUCGUCCCCAGCGCACUUGUACCAAAAGCUGCUUUUACACAGUGUGCCCCAAUAUAUGUGUAUGUGGGGGUAGCAGUAAAUGUAAUAUGAUCCUUUUUGUACCACUCUGAUGGUAUUCACUCUGAAGCAACUAAGCUCGGCAGUUGGGGAUGUCCCGUUUUCUGAUGAGACCUGCAAUUAUCCUGCCAUUUCUGUGGGUCUUAAUGCCACUGCGUUAUUUGCUUAUCAUUCUGUCCCUCGGAUUCUCUGCUCUGCUUCAUUCAUUUUGCAGUAUGGAUCUUUGUCUUGUGUGUUUAUUUAAAAAAAAAAAAAAAAAAAAAAAAAAGCCUUUUCAUUUGUGUCUAUUCUCUGCACUUUACUGCUGCGUGGGUGAAGCGCAGGGAAGGGAGGGAGUGACAAUGCAUUGUGGAACAGAGUGCAGCUGUGGCUGCAUGGCAGAGGGUGAAGGUGAUUACUUUGAGUUGAUGUUUUUUGGCAAGGAAAGGAGGAGAAUUUUGGGUGGAGGCAGGUAGUGUGAAGGGGACCAUAGCACACGAAGAACAUUUCUUUUAGUGUAUACUUACUUUUUUUGGAAUAAACGUUUGCUCUAAUAUGGACCUGCCCUUACAGUGAAAGCAAUGUUCCUCUUGCUAUGGUGACUUUACACUAUCCCCCUCCAAACUACGUCUGAGAUGCAUUAUUCUGUUUGUUUUAUGGAGCUUUCUUCUCCGUCAUGUCCUGAUCUUUCAGUUUGCCGAACUCUCCUCCUCCUUUCUUUGUUCUAUAGAGUGCACUUUCUACUAAAAUUCUUGGCUAGUUAAGAAAAAAAAUAACAUUGUAUAUUCUUUAAAGAUGUUUAAAAAAAUCAAUAUACUUUUUUCCCCUUUGUAUUUUUAACCACUUAAUGUAGCAUUGUGUAUUUUAUUAUUGUAUCUGGUACAAAAUGUGCAGCUUUAUAAUGUCCUGUUUUGUCUUUUUUUUUUUUUUUUAAUGUGGAGAUUGAGAAGUGAAAAGGUUGGGCCUUUUUGAUAAUGUACAUUUAACUGACUGCUAACUUUGACAAGUAAAAACAGGUAGCCAUGA